AUGGCUGUGAAACUGGAUAUGUCAAAGGCCUAUGACAGGGUGGAGUGGGACUUCCUGAAAGCUAUAAUGGAAAGAAUGGGGUUCUGCCACAAGUGGAUACAAUGGGUUACUGCUUGCAUAAGUUCAGUGACUUACUCAUUCAAUAUAAAUGGUGAACAGAAGGAGUUCAUAACUCCAUCCAGAGGCAUAAGGCAAGACGAUCCACUCUCACCAUACCUGUUUCUAAUGUGCUCAGAAGGAUUAUCUAAUCUGCUACAGAAAGCUAAGGUAGGAAAGGAGCUAACAGGAAUCAAAAUUAGUAGAGGGGCACCAGCAAUCACUCAUCUGUUUUUUGCUGAUGACUCUCUAGUAUUUUGCAAAGCUAAUAGGCCAGAAGCUGGGAAGCUCAUGAAGAUCCUCAAAGUCUAUGAAAAGGCAACAGGUCAGCAAAUUAACACGGACAAAUCCUCAGUUUUCUUCAGUAAAAAUACAACUCAAUUAGUGAGGGAGGAAGUCUGUCAUACAAUGGGGUCAAUACAGCAGAUAGGACAAGGUCAAUACCUGGGCUUACCUAUGAUCAUAACAAAAUCUAAGGAGCAGGUGUUUGGGUUCAUUAAAAAUUCUAUUGAUAAAAAGCUGCAGGGAUGGAAAAACAAGCUACUAAGCCAGGCAGGGAAAGAAGUGAUGUUAAAAGCAGUAGCCAUGGCCAUGCCAAUUUACACCAUGUCGUGUUUCAAAUUGUCUACCAAGCUGUGCAGAGACAUUAGUGCUAAAAUGGCAGAUUACUGGUGGGGGGAGUCUGAAGGGAGGAAAAGGAUGCAUUGGAUUGGCUGGAAGAAGCUGUCAGAUAGGAGAAGUAGUGGAGGAAUGGGCUUCAAGGACUUGCAAAUUUUCAACAGAGCUCUGCUGGCCAAACAAGUUUGGAAGUUAUUAACACAACCAAACUUGUUAGUCAGCAGAGUUCUAAAGGAAAAAUACUACCCCAGACAAUCACUCUUCUCCAGUAAGGUCCCUCAGAAUGCCUCCUGGAUAUGGCAAAGUUUAGCUGCUGUAAGAGAAGAAGUCCAAAAUGGAGUCAAGAGGAAAAUAGGGAAUGGCAAAGGAACACGAAUUUGGGAGGAUGACUGGAUUCCAGAGAGCCCAGAUGGGAAACCAACAACAGGAAGGCCUCUGGGGUGUCAACUUCAGCAUGUAUCAGACCUCAUCACCCAUAACAGAUGGAAUGCCAUCCUGAUAUUCAGAAUCUUUAAUCAGCAAGAUGCAGAGAGAAUUCUGAAAAUACCUAUAAGCCUAACAGGGAAAGUAGAUAGCCAUUACUGGAUGCAUUCUCAGAAUGGCCAAUACACAGCUCAAUCUGGGUAUAAGAUGUGGAAGAAGGAAAAGGAACUGGAGAGUGCAAGAAGGAGGGAAGAUGCUGGUCCAAGCUAUGAAGGAAAUAUCAGAAGAGUCUGGAAAACUCUAUGGCAGCAGAAGAAAGCCAGGAAUGAGAGGGAAUUUAAUCAAAAGGAAAGGGAACCUCAUAAGAUAAUACAGAAAGCCAUGAAAGAAUGGAUGGAGUUUGAUGAGGCUAACAAAGGGAAGGUGAAUAGGAAGAACACUCAGCGAACAGAAGUUCAAAAAUGUACUGAGCAAUUGCAGGGUCAAAGAGAGAUCCAAGCCAGCCUGAUGAUCAAGGUCCACACUCAUCAAGAUGCAAGACAAAAAAUGGUGGGGAUUGGAGUCUCAGCUACUGACUCUUUAGGACGUCUUCAAGCAUGUUGGGCAAUGAGAGAAAGAAUGUCUGCAGAACCAAUACAAGACCAAGCUGGUGCGGUAAGACUUGCACUUCUGAAUGCGAUCAGCCAAGGAUGGAGGAACAUUAGAGUGGAGCUGGAAAAUAGGGUGCUGGUAGAGUGCAUAAAAAACACUCGGACCAGCUACCAUCUGAUGGCUACUCUAAUAGAAGACAUCCAGUGCAUAAGUAAUCUGUUUCAAAAUUGUUCCUUCUCUUUUGUUAGUUCAGGGUUUGUGGGAUGUAUCAAGUUGAGCAUGCAUGCUCUAAACAUCUGUGUAGAUGAAGAAUGGGUGAAUCCCAAUCUUAGGUGUUAG